CAUAACACAUUAUAAGAUACAGAAAUAAAGGACCCAAUCCAGACCCUCGUACUUAAAACUUUAAAUUACGUAAAGAAACAAAUAAAUUUAGCCAACCAGAACCAAGCUACCCCUUUACAUAGCUAUAUAAAAUAGAAUUUAUUGGCGGAUGUUUUUAUACAGUUAAAAGGAACUAAAAUGAAAAAGUGGAUUCUUUAAAUGAAAGAAAAACUUGCAAAGUCAUUUAAGGACUUGUUUUGAGUGCUGUUUUACAAAUAAUGUGUGUAUAUGUACAGGGAUAUAACACAACAUAGCGGAUAUAUUACAAUACUAAAAAGACAUGGCCAGUGAUGAAAGUUCCAAAACGGCUUGGUCAAACAGUGUCGAGGAAACAGCACAUGAAGCGGGAAAAUUACAAGAAGAACGAAGAAACCGGAAGCCAUUUUUCUACUGCAGAUGGGUAGCAACACGUCCUUAUCUUAUGUUUUUUGUGACGCUUAUGUUACAGUUGUUACCGGUCUUUAUUACUGGGAUGUUGUUUGGUGUCAAUUAUGAUUUGUUUCCAACAAACUUUGAACAAUUACCAAUGGAGCUUUAUGACAUUCCAUACAGACUGAGAGAUUAUGCCUAUAGAGAUAAACACAAAUAUGACAACAGUAUAACGAGAUCACUAACUGAUUCAGGAUAUCCAACUUACGAAAGAGGACUCUCAUAUUCGUUUUCAAAUAUCGAACUAUUUUUUGAUGCGGAUGGCGGAAACAUUUUGACAAAAGCAAAUUUACAGACUAUCAAAUAUAUAGAAGAAUAUUUGGUAGCAGCAGAUGGAUAUAGUACUUCAUUUUGUCAUACUCAAAAUUCAUCCUUAACAUGCAAGGAUCCGACUUCUCUGAUUAGAUACUUUGAUGGAUCUUUUGCCUCUGUGAGUCCGACUUUUAACGAUCCGACAUUCAGUAACAUUCCUGGUGUAAUUUAUGAAGCAUACACUAAUAACUUGACAAAAGCGGACUUUGAGUAUUUCCUGCCAAAGAGUUACAGCAUUACCCCGACAACAGCCUCGUUUUCGAUCACCAGAACACAAAUUGCAAUUGGCUGUUCCUUAUCUGGAAAUACAAAGUGCCUUUCAAUGAGAGAUUUAGCCAGGUCAUGGCUUGGAAAUACCAUGAAACCGAGGCUUGAAACUCUUCUGGAUGAUAUCUCACAGUUCGAUUUUUAUUAUAUUUCAUCGAACUUAUUAUUCUAUGACGUCAUUCAACAAGCUAUGAAAGACAUGAUGUUCGCCAUUGGAAGUAUGUUUUUCAUAUUCUGUUUUAUGACAUUCCACACGCGCUCCUUGUUCGUUUCCGGUUUAGCUGUUAUGAGUAUUUUGACUAGCUUUGCUGGGACCAAUUUGAUAUACAGAUGUAUAAUAGGAUUUGAAUAUCUCGGGUUCUUUCAUGUUUUAGCAAUAUUUAUUAUCUUGGGUAUAGGAGCAGACGACUUGUUUGUCUUCUAUGACUCGUGGCGGUUGACAGCAUUUUCAGGCUAUCCAUCACUCGGACAUCGUCUCACAGAAGCAUAUUCUAAAUCGUGUAAAAGCAUGUUAAUAACUUCCAUCACUACGGCUGUCGCUUUCACGGCAAGUGCUUUAUCCCCUUUGUUAGCAACAAAGUCGUUUGGUGUGUUUGCCGCCAUCUUGGUUAUCUAUAAUUAUCUGUCAGUUAUCAUUUUCUUUCCAACAGUUGUUAUGGUUUAUCAUAUAAAAUAUGAAGACUGGACUUGGCCUUGCUGCCGGUGUACGAAAAAGACAAAAGGUGAAGGGGAAUGCGCAGAUAGCAAAACGGAAGUUGAUCAGAGAAACUCGAUGUCCAAAGUUGUACCUGAAAACGUGUAUACAAUCCAGUCGAAUGACACUAAAGAUCCUUCCAGUCCUAUUAAAGGAGAUUUUGUUCGCCCACCGGCUCGAUUAAGUCCUAUUAAAGCUAAGGAACUUUCGGAUAAAAGUAAAGUUGAAAACGGCUACUCUACAAGUAGCGUUUUCCCACAUGACAAUAAUAAAAAACCCAUGACUACUGAGGAAAAACUUAACUCUCCUUGCUUUCCAAAAGCGAAACAAAAAGAAAAAAAGCUAGUGGUAUUUUUCAGAGAUCAUUACUGGCGGUUUAUAACAUCAAAAUGGACGAGAAUUGUUCUGUUACCAGUUUUCAUAGCAACAGUGUGUGUAUUUGGCUAUUUUGCCUCAACACUGGAACCAGACAAUGAAAAUUUACAACUUUUCCAAGACGAUCACCAUUACUCCAAAGCCCAGUAUGCACAGGAAUACUCUAUGUUAGUCAGCACAGCCGACAGUUUGGUCCAAAUCCACGUGGUUUGGGGACUAAAGAACAAGGAUCGUAGCCACUGUCACUUUUCUUCUAUACAAUGUGGUGGCAAUAACGUAUAUGACGAGGAUUUUGAUCCAAAUUUAGUGACCAAUCAGCAGGCGUUAAUGACUUUCUGUGACAGACUUUAUAACAUGACAGCAGCAGAAAUACAGAAGUACAAGAUACGAACAGAUUCCACCACAGGUCAGACAGAGGUGGCGUGUUUUACUAAGAGUUUAGAUACAUUUCUACAAUCGAAAACAGCAGACAUUGGCAUUGGAGACUUGUCAUUACCAUGGGACUAUACAAAGACUAUGAACUUUAUGAAUGCUCUACCGUCUCAUUACGACACAUCGUCCUUCACAACAGAUUUCAAAGACUUCUUGGCAAUACCUGUAGGAUACUGGCUUUACAACGAGUUUCAGAAGAAUUACACGGCCGAUUUUGGACAUUAUGAUGCCCUGAUUGGUGAAUAUAAAAACACAAGUGGAUUUACACAACAGCUUUUGUCAGAUUCUUCAAUAUAUUAUGGAACCCAAUUCAAGUACAUAGCCGUAGAGAUCAAUACCACUAUCAACCGGAAGACAACCGGAUAUGCUACUGGGAUACCCUUGGUGGAGUUAUGGGAAACAUUCAUAAACAAACAGGUCUCGAAGAUGCCGACUGGUCUAAAAGGAGGAUUUCAACUUACAUUCCAAACAUGGCACUGGUUUUAUGUGCAAAAGAGUUUAGCUGACAAUGCCGUACAAGGAAUCAUUAUAGGAGUUACCUUGGCUUUUCCCAUCCUGACCUUGACAACCAUGAAUGUAAUUAUCGGAUUUUUUGCAACCAUGUCCAUUUGUUGCACAACAAUUUGUGUGAUUGGAGUGAUUCCCCUUGCUGGAUGGAAACUUGGAUUAUUAGUCUCCCUAAACAUGUGUAUUGUCGUUGGGUUAGCUGUGGAUUAUGUUGUACACUUGGCGGAAGGAUAUCACUUAUCACUACACAAGGGCCGAUUAAAUAGAACACGUGAUAUGCUGGAAGAAAUGGCAACAUCCGUGUUUUCAGGAGCAUGUACAACAUUAGGAGCGUCGUGUUUUAUGUUUUUUGCAAUGGUUCAAUUUUUUUUGCAGUUUGGGAUAUUUUUAUUUUGCACAAUUGGGUUUUCUUUGUUUUUCUCUCUCGGUUUGUUUACACUUCUGAUGGGAAUGCUUGGUCCCGAGAACAACACGGGGUGUUUGAAGACAUUGUUUGCCAAGUGCAGAAAUAAAUGUAAAAAGACAAAAAAGACGGAAAAAACGGAAACAGAUUCCGAAAUAACUUUGAACCCGUCGAUAUCAGCGUCAACAAUUAGUACUGCUGGAUCACAAAACAAGUUAAUUCAGUCACAGGGACCGCCGUACGUGUCACGAGUGAAUGUAAAUGGUUCUGUCAACAAAAAUGUAUGAUUUGAAGCAUUUAGAACUAACUAAAGAUUUUUUUUAGAUAGUUUAGCAGAAUAGUGCAUCAAAGACUUUUGAAAAAAGCUGUGAUAUAUUUUCCGUGCUUUAAGUCAAACUUUACUUUUUAAGUGCCAGUCUUUGUAAGAAUCAGGCAAUUUAGAAAAAAAUCAAAACAUGGCCGAAAAAAAGAACCCUACGACCUAACCAUCCUAGUCUGAAGUUACCCUCAUCCUGAGUAAGAAAUGAUAGGUCUUUUGUUUCUGCUUGUCUGGUAAUUCGAGAAAUCUCUAGAUAACUUUUGGUUAGAAUGAUAGCAAAUUGCGGAGUUACCUCCCAUAAAUUGUUAAUUUCUAGUGCAUUUCAACCCAAUUAUAUCUUGAAUUACCAGACCAGGAAAAGUAAAGAAUGUUAUAUUCAUGCACAUUAUACGAUUUGAACAUAAAUUAAUGUAAACUUGAGUGGGUUUUUGUUUGUCAUGUUUUCGCCACUGCCUGAUUCUUAGGCAGAUAGGCACUUAAGAGUUGGGAGUCAAAUAUUGUAAAACAAUGUUAUGAAAUGAGAAGGUAUGAUCAGGUGAUUAUGUUUAAUUUAUAAAUUCAUGAAUAUGCACCAUCUAGAGAAUCUUAAACUCUUGAAACAUUUAUGUUUUGAAAGUAGCCGUUCCGGAUUUUUAAUUUACACUCAUCUGCAUUAGUGUAUUUUAUGUAAUAUUUUAGACAAAACAUAAAAUGUAACAUUUAGAUUUAACAUUAUAUGUAACAUUUUAGACAUAUCAUUGAAUGUAAUAUUUCAGACAAAGCAUAAAAUGUUAAUUUCAGACAUACCAUAGAAUGUAAAUUUUAGACAUUCCAUGUAACAUUUUAGACAUAGCAUAAACAUUCCAUGUAACAUUUAAGACAUAUUAACAUAAAAUGUAACAUUUUUGACAUAUUAACAUAAAAUGUAACAUUUUAGACAUAUUAAGAUAAAAUGUAACAUUUUAGACAUAACAUACAUCAAUACAUACAAUGAAAUAUUUUAGACAUAACACAAAAUGUAACAUUUUAGAAAUUCAAUGUAAAAUAUUCUACAUAGAUAUGUCCCAUGAAUAAAAUUCCUAUUCAGUGCCAGAAGCGGAUUUAGGGGGGAGGGGGCAGGGGCCCCAGGCCCCCUUUUGUGGAAAAAAAAUUUUGUUGUUUAUUUAGGGAAUCACUGAGUCAUGACUGGAGCGGGCCUCCUCUUAUGGCAGUCAGUUGGUUCCUUCUUAUAAAAAAUUUUGGAUCCGCCACUGAGUGUGUCAUUUUACUAUAAAGAAAAACACGUUCAUGUGACAAAAAAAAAUCCAUUUAAUUUUCUAAUUAUGCUCUAAUUCUGGUACGUUUCAACAACUCCGAUUUUGACCCUGCUCGUGAAAUAAAUACGAGGCUAUUGGUCCUACUCUUUCAAUUAAAUGGAGAUCCAUUGCUUACUGGAUUUAUUGUCCAUUGUAUAAAAUAUAUGUACAGUAUUGUGUUACUUUAAUAAGUAUGUGUAAAAAAGUGUAAAAUAAAUUUAGAGAGAAUUUAUGCUUAAAUAGUCGCUAUCUCGUUUGGUGCUGAAUUUGAAAUUUAUAUGUAUGAGGGUCUGGAUGGGGGUCCUUCAUUUUUUUAUUCUUUAAUUUGUUAGACCAUUAUUCUCUUCAUUAUUUAUUUUGUCCAUUUUUCUCUAUUCUUUAUAUUUUAAACACCCCAUGAUUCUCUAUCCUUUUUUUUUUACCUUUAUUCUGUGCUUUUUGUUCAGUAAUUAUUUGCUUUUUUGAAACCCCCAUCCACACCCUCAUAUAUUUAUCGAUUUUAGAUAGAGUUGUAUUGUUAUUGUUAAUUGUAUGUAUUAUAUCGUUACCAGAUGGAUCAUUGUUAAUUUUAUUAUUACAUUGUUAAUAAGUAUUUUAGAGAGGAGAAAAUAGUUACGUACUUGUGUCCCCUGAAAUCGAAGCAGUAGCGACACCUAGGAGGGAUGGCUUCUGUUGACGUGCAAUGUCAUUCGUUAAUCCGCAACACGUUGAAAAUGGCUGAAUAGAAUUUCAACAAAUAUGAUUAGAUUCUUUUAGAGUACACGUAGUUGUUCACUUGCAAUUUAUUUUUUUAUAUAUUUUUUUUAUAUUUGAUAUACUGUUGCUCCGCCUCUUAUUCAUGACUUGGGGAAGUACUUAAAGUUGAUAUGCAGCUUUAUUAACCAGUUUAGUGCAUUAUGUAUGAAACUGCCCCUUUAUUAAUAAAAGCAAAACUGGUCCAUUACAGACUAGCAGUACAUUAAUACAGGGCCAUCAUGAAUAAACAGGGCUGUAAUGAAUAAAACAGGGCCAUUAUGAAAAAAACCAGGGCCAUUAUGAAUAAUCAGGGCUAUUACGGAUUUUCAGUUGUCAUCAAUUCAAAUACAUUUCUGGGGAAAAGAAACAUCAAGAAAUUGAAAGUUCCCAACAAUCGUGACUUAUCUUAUUUGACCCAGUUGUCAAGUUAUUAACUACAUUAUGCAUUCCUUGAUGUGUAUCAAUUUUUUUAAUUUUGAGUUUUAGAAUCCAGAAUGAAAUCCUGUAUUUUAUAUGCCAUAAAUGGCUUUGAAUAGGACAAUAAUAAAACUUUAUUUACAUUUACAUGUUUUUCCAUCACAUCACUUUCUUUUCAAUGUUGCAUUUGGUAUAAUUAUAUAUUUACAAUUUCUCCACAAAAAAACUGUUUUGGCUUGGUUAAAUAUUACACAUUGACGGUUUGGUUGAUAAUAGUGUUAAGAUAAGGUGUUUUCAAAUUGACCCUGUUCUUUGUCCUCGGUCAUUAAUAAUGGUCUCGGAGGCUGUAAUAUGCCUCGGCGUUGCCUCGUGCCAUUACAGGCAUCCUUGACCAUUAUAACAGACCUUGGACAUAUAACAGGGCAAUUAUGAAAACACCCAUUUAUUAAUACUAUAGUAUUAGCAAUCAUGCAUUAUAGACAUAUACGGUAUAUUAGUCCCACUCUCUCGCCGCCCUUCAAUGACUGAUGCAUUGAUUUUAAGUUAACUUUUAAAUCCUCAUCACAAAAUACUGCAUGGAAAAGAGAUAAAUAGCAUUCCGAAACAACCAAAAACACUCUACCAUGUAAAUAUGACUGUAGAAUUGUGCACAUGACGUAUCUUUUAUAGUCGAUCAAAUAUUCAGAAAUAGUCAGUGUAUUUCAUUAUUUUGUAUAUUUUUAUGUUGUUUUUAUAUUUGUUAUAUUUGUAUAUUUAUAAAUAUACAUUUCACAAAGAGAUUGAGUGUCGAUGCAAUGUUGCUUUAGCAUGACAAUCAUACUAGUAGCUUUAACUGAAACAAGUACACAGUAUUUUUGUUUUGUUUAUAGACAAAUCAGUGCUAUUAUUGUAUGUUUAAUGAGACAAUGAGAUGCGUGCGCAUUUCUGUGUUUGAAUCAAAGGAGGAGUUUUGAUACGUACCAAUAUUUGACCGCUGAAAUUGUAAAAGAAAUUUAAAAAGCCUUUUAACAUUAAGUUAGGUUAAAAAUAUUGAUAAAUGAACGUAUUGCUUUUAUAUUGAACCUUUAGUGCAGAAAAGUUCACUUGCAAUGUCAUUAUGGCUAACAUUUUGAAAUUUACGUAUCUGACCUAAAAUGACAAUUUCAUGCAUAGUUUUUUGUCCAAACCUUAUAUUUGCAAAAAAAAAAAGAUAUUUCACAUACAUUAAUCAACAUCUUUGUAAAAUACAUUUUGUAGCAAAAUAUAUUUUUGGGUAAAGCUCUAGCUCGUAUACUUAAAUAUUAAUGAUAAAAUCUCAAAAUGAGGCUAUUUUGGCACUUUUUGACGAUUUGCACUUAAUGUAAGUUUGAAGCCAAUGUGCGAAUAUGUAAGACAAAAUUUAAAAAAAGUUAAAUAAUGAUGUCCGACAGACGUCUGAACAUCUGACAGAUGAUUCAAGAACCCUAAAAGUAGUUAUCAUCCCUUCUCCUUAAUACAAAGAAUGGUAAUAGUGUCUUUUUAAGUGAAAUUAAGUAGGCCACAUUUUUGAAAAAGUAUUUUGCUUCUGAAGUGAGAGAGUAAACUUCUUCUUGCAGAUAAUGUGUAUUUCAAUUUGUUUGAAACAGUGUCAAAAUUGCCAUCAGAAUAUUUUAUUUGCAAAAUGAAUGUGAUCCCCUUUUUUCUAUCUUCUCAAUAUACAUUUAUGAAUCUCCCUUCUUUAUCAUACAGAUUGCGCACACGUAUCUAUGUGUUUCUAUGAGUGUGUGAGAGUAUAUGUUUUGGAGUAUUUUAAAUGUAAAUAGAACAAUACAAUGCAUUUUUACUGUUAUAAAUGUUUGCUUAAUUAAAUUGUUGAAUUAAAUAAAGUCUUGUUAAAGUUGUUUAAAA